AUGGAUCCUCUGAACAAUGUCCAUAUCAAUGAUGACUUCAACUACGAGCAAGAUGAAAUAUACACCGGCUCCAAUGUCAUCUGGCGUGCCAUCCAUUACACUGGCCCACCCGUCCAGACACUGGGGGGUCAUUUAGCUCCAGCUCCGACCCUCGACAUGUCUUUCAAUCAUAGCCAAACUCCAUUCUUCUCUCCGGUGUCUCCGUCCAGUAUCGGCAGUAUAAGGGGGCCAGCCCAGUUGUCCGGCCAUGAUACAGGCACCAACUGCAACUUUGAGACACUUGAGGCACUUGACUUGACUGGCAGCAAUUUGGUUCCACCCGAAGUUCCACUGUCACAGGGUGAUUAUGCUGGCCAAUGGCCAACUAUCAGAUCUCUCGACGCAGGGCCCGUGCAAAUGCCGUUGAAGCCCCAAGACGCUCUCCACAGCCCGCUUGUGAAGGUAAAUCAACUUAAGAACGAUCUUCAAAUAUGGGACUCAUUAGCACUACAAGCCUUGCCCGAACUCAAUUAUUCCCAACUGAUCGACCUGAGAAGUUUCAUCAAAACUACCUUCUGCAAGCUGGACACAUCAAUACAAGAGAGACUUGACCUAGGUGCACCCAAUAUACCUUCUCCACGAGAUAGGUACCUUUGCAAGCUAUGCAGUCAAGGCAAUCGGAAGGUGUACGGAACUCGUGGAACGUUCCGGCGCCAUGUGAGCCUUACUCACCAAGCUGAGCACAAGUACUACUGUCCGUUCGAUGCAUGUUCCUUCAGUACACCUAGAAGGGACAAGUUCCGUGGCCAUUUGCAAGUCAAACAUGGUUCCUUUGGCCCUUCUCUACUGAACAAGGGCUGCCUCGAUAACCUAGCCCGGCCAUGCCCCCCUCCAAAAAAGUGUGGGCUUUGUCCAAAGCAAGUAACCACAUGGAAGAGAUAUUUCGAGUGCAUCACGAAGCACUGCCGCCUACCUGGUGGAAGUUCUGCAUACAGCAGCGCGAGCCAGAGCAGACGAGGCAGCGGAAAUACUGGCGGAGACGGGGCAGACUUUGGCGGCCAGCAGUUUUUUGGUCCCAGCGGUAACGACGGAUCAGGUUUCCCGCCGUCGUCUUCAUUUGAAGGAGACAACGUGGAUGGACGCGAAUUUGACUUCAACAGUAUUGGCCAGCAAUUCAGUUUCCAUGGUGCCAGCCUUUCUCAACACAAUACACUAGCCAGCAUUGUUGCUGAUACUGUUGAUGAAGCCGAGCAAAGCCCCCCGCAUGUAACCAACGCUCAUGCUCGUACUCGUCCCAACUCAGUACAAAAUAAAGACGGUCCCAAACACCUAUCACCCGUCCGUAGUCCAACAAGCUUACGAGAUUAUCACCGCACCCUGAGUUCGACCCUAAAAGAAGGCUCACCAGUCUCUACCAAGAGCGAUUCUAGUCUGGACAGCUUCCAGCAAUUGUCUGCCACCCGGAAUACACCACAUUCACUGGAUAGUCCUGGACGAAGUCACACCUCAAACGAACGGCCAAGACCAACUGAUGAAAACACUCGAAAGAACCAGUCAAGGAAGCUUGAGAAGUCUUGCGAGACAAAAUGCGGACACUGCGGUCAUACCGUGCAGAGUUGCACUCAUUGUAAAGCCUCCAAUGGGGCGGCGCGAAAAUGCCACCUUUGCGCAGCUAAGGCUCACCAGCGAAGUAACCAAUUACGCCCCUGGCAUCAGGAAAGAUAUCCUGAUCAUGCGCAUAUUCCUAGGAGAUCUUUAUCACCACCCUGGAAGCUUGGUCGAGAGUUGGACUUGACUUCAGAAGUCUUUCAGCAUGAGCUAUUUUUGCAAGAGUCAACAAAAAAGCUCAGCACAAAGUCCAUUAUUUCUGCCACUCAUCCGGCCUCUAUCUUUCCUUACGCUGUUUCCCAGGAGACGAAGUCAUUGUUGGUCCUUCACAAUAACUUACAAAGCCACUGUCUGGGUAUCCUUACUGCCAAGCUUGAGAGUUAUGGCAAUCGGCCAUUCCUGCCGUGCAGUCAAGGUAGUCAUGCUCGUUCUGGCACUUAUAACACAAGGACAUCCUGGGGCCUGCUAAAGGGACAUGAUAUCCUUACUCAUUCCGCAGUACUCAUGUCGGAGAUGGCUACCCAGCCUUGCAUAACACUGACUGGGAGACCGGCCACUCUUUCCAUAGCUUCUGUUUCGCAUGCGCUUGGCCUUUCGACAUGGACUAAUGUCCCCGACGGCGUGGCCAUAGCACUGAAGAAGUUACCUCUAUUCAGGACAGAAAUCCAAAUGCAGCUCCUGGAUGACGCGUUCGAUUCGGCAAAUCCAGACCUUACAGCUACAACAGUAAUAUUACGAAGAAGGUCACAUAUGCUUCAGACGAGGCUCCGUGUUAUUGUUAAGCUGCUCAAACUCAAAAUGACGGUCACGAAUGUCAUUGAGCUCGAGGCACCAGAAGCACAUGUACCUCGAACAUCUCAGAUUAACCCAGAAUACCAUGGCCUCGUUGAAUUCAGAGUCGAUCUUCCUAUGCGCGACGACGCCCUCUCACUUUCCCAACUAUGGAGUAUGAUGAUUGGUAAUGCGGGGAUGAUUGUUGGAAGCUUCGCGUCCACAGCACUCGAUAUCCCCAACUUGAAUGAUGGGAGGGAUGAUCUUCAAUUUCUUUUCAUGAUGCUGGUCCACAUUUUGAUGAAGUUCGCUGGAGCCCCGAUCCGUCCACUCAAUACAAUGUUGGUUGAAUGA